AUGCUGGACCUCUACGUCUGGGGUCCGGCCUUUGGUCUGCCCUCCAUCGAUGCAGAAUGUCUGGCCACCCUGACGUACUUGCGCCAUGCGCUUCCCAGCUCUGCAUGGCGCCUCGUCCCCUGCAGCGACCCCUCCGUCUCUCCAUCAAAUCUUCUUCCCGCCCUUUGCCACGAAAACGCCUGGGUUAGCGGUUACGGCCCGAUCGUAGAGCACGUCGCGUCCAGCUCGCUGGGCAGGGACCUCGAUGAGCACCUCGAUGCCGUCCAGAAAGCCGACACGGUUGCCUGCCGCGCCUUCCUCCUCGCCCAUGCCGCGCCGCUCGUCGAUCUCUCACUCUACGUCUCCGCCGCCAACUGGUCGGCGGUAACGAGGCCCGCGUACAGCUCCCUGCUGCCGUUCCCUCUGACGUGGACCCUACCGCCGCUGAUACGCGCCGAGGCCGUGAAGCGGGCAGAGCAUCUCGGCCUCGCCGACCUGGACACCGACUUUGACCCCAAUGGCGGGCUGCACCUCUCUGCAGGAGGGGACGCCCUGCCAGAGACGUUCCGCAGGCAUUUGCCCGCGACGGCCAAGAAGUCUUCUGUGCGCGAGGAGAUGACUCCCGAGCAGGCCGCUGCCAUCCGGCUGUUUUCGCUCGCGGACGAUUGCCUGUCUGUGCUCAACGCCCUGCUGAGCCAAGGCCAGCGGGACGGCCGAGACGGGAGCAAGCGGCCGCCUAGAUUCUUCGACGGGGCUUCGCCGUCGUCCCUCGAUUGCUUGGCCUAUGGGUUUCUCGCGCUCAUGCUGGUACCUCCGGUGCCGCGAAGCUUUCUCAGAGACUGGAUCGACGCAGAAGCCCCGCGACUGGCGGCCUUUGUGGAUUCAAUGGCUCCGGCCGAUUUGCCAUGCCGCCCUGCAACCGCCACCACCGUGCUGGGGUCGACUACGCGGAUCGCCGACUCCAUCCUACGAAACAUACCCCGCUUGGGCGAGCACUACACCAACGAGAUGAGGCUUCGCAAGGAAGCCGGCCUCACGGGCUUGGAUCAGAGAUGCCUGAUGAUUGUCACGGGUGUCGCCAUUGCCGGAGCCGCCGUCGGAUACGGGCUGCAGCUGUACAGGCGUCUCCAGCCGUUUGGGCUUAGAACCCAGAUCUGGACGCAGAGCCGAGGAGGAUCGAAGCUGAGCGAGUUUGGAGAACUCGGCUUGAUUCUUAACAGCGCCAUGGUUGGCUACCAAGCCGAACGAGUCGUGGCCCCAUCAGACAACGGCUCGGCAAGCGGUCGUCUGGUAGAGCUGGAUUCCGAGCUGGAUUAA